AUGGCAUUAGCGGCGAGGUCGCCGUCCAUCUUGCGCCGAGCGCUCCUUUAUGUCCCAUCCUCGUCUGAAAAGAUGCUGACCAAAUCUCUCGGCCUGACCGCGGAUAAUGUAACAUACGACCUUGAAGACUCGGUAACUUCAGCCCGCAAACCAGAUGCCCGGAAACAGCUCCGCUCCUUUCUCUCCAAUCAAUCCUCCCGCCCCGCAUCCAUAUCUGAGCUGGCCGUUCGUAUCAAUGCUGUAGAAACUUCUCUCGCACUCGACGAUCUCACCGCGCUCGCCCCGUUAGCCAACGUCGAUGCCAUAUGCGUACCCAAGGUCGACUCUGCUGCUGACCUGACCUUCGUCACCGAUGUCCUCCGCCAUGUCGCCCCGGAAAGGCAUGCCGAGAACUCCAAGAAUCCUAUCAAAAUCGUAGCGCUUAUCGAAUCCGCCCGUUCGAUCAUGAACCUGAAGGAGAUAUGUGACGCCUCACCCUACCUAAGCGGACUGGUUUUCGCGGCCGAAGACUUCGCCAAAGACCUCUCCAUCACCCGAUCACCGUCCCUUCAUGAGUUUCUCUACGCAAGAUCUGCCAUUGUGACUGCAGCAAGGGCCGCAAGCCUGCCCAGUGUCAUUGACCUCGUCUGCACGUCCUUCCGGGGCGAGACAGGCCUACAACGACUUGAAGAAGAAUGCUUAGGCGGUAAGGCCAUGGGCUUCAACGGAAAACAAUGCAUCCACCCGACGCAAGUGGAGCUCGUGCAGAAGCUGUUUGCACCUAGUGAAAAGGAACUAGAGUGGGCCGUCAGAAUUACCAUAGCCGAUGACAAGGCCAGCGCUUCAGGCCGAGGUGCAUGGACGCUCGAUGGCAUGAUGAUUGACGCACCGGUGUCGGCAAAGGCUCGUUCCGUGGUGAAGAAAGCGGAGCAAUGCAAAAUGGAUGUCGGGAGUGUGCGUGCGAAGUGGCAAGGUCAGGAGCCCGAGUGA